UGUAACUUUUCUGCUUAGCCGUUUGUUCACGUGUUUUAGCUGAGCUAUUCAGUAUCCACACAAUUGCGGAUUAUUUGAGUUACUACUCUAGUUGCGUGUUUCAGCAAUCUCUUGAGUAUACGGGAUUCGGUUCCAGCCUAGCACUUACCACAAGAAGAACACAACUUGUCAGGAUAACAGUUAAUUUACAAUUUAUUAAAUUAUUAGUACUCAUUUUAAACAUGUUGCUAUAAGGCACUGGAUACAGAGUCUGAAUUAGAAUUAUCCACAUAACUUACUAACAGCUUAUAUCCACAGAUAUUCUCCAACACUAAUAUUUCGCACAUAAAUGUACAUCUACUCUACAGUAUCUAUCACAAGAAUAUAAUUAUACUAUCUAAAUAAAUUUAUAAUGUAGAGAAAUUCCCUUAAACGUGAUAAGUCCAAACGGAGACGGGUCCCCAUUUAACCACUGGACUUUCAGCAACUACAAUCUUAUACGAGUUAUUCCCCUUGGACUGUAACGUUCCAUAUGUGGGAACAAUGAGCCAACGAUUAGGUCAUUUGUUCAUGACAACUCGAUUGCUUACCAAUUCUCUGGGCUCAAGGCAGCCAGUUUGUUUGGUGGUCUGAUGAGAUGUGUUGGUCGGACUGUCCGGACGGUCUUUUAUACCCAGCGUCCGAGGUUACCACAGGGACACGAGCAAGUCGUUAGCCAAUCACGUUGCUCGUUACAAACCGCUUCCGGUCAGACGGAACAGUCAACCAUGCAAACUCGCGGAAUGUCUGCUGUGAUCCAGUACAACAAUUCUUAUAAUAUUCAUCGUUUGAUGACUUCUUACUAUGUCUCCAUAGUCAGGACUAUAGCUGUUCACUCAACUGGAAUGGAGCUUAAUGGUGUAAAUUUAAUGGAUACUUCCAACUUGCCCACUACUGUGUCAGUGGAAAUGAUUCCACCCGACCCAGAACUAGAUCAACAGGAAGGUUUAUGUUCCGACCAAAGACCAUUUCACACGGAGAUACCCCAGUGGAUUCAUGGGAAGAAGACCUAUAUGCCAUCAUGAGUAAAUUUAUGUGUGCGUCCCAGUCCCUUAAGUUCUCUGAUACAAAUGCAGAGAGCAUAUUCCCUAUUGUUCUGUUCGCUCGUUCUACCAUUCCAUCAGACUGUGGCCUGUAUGGAGUGGUUCGAGUCUUGUUGAUUCCCAGGAUUUGGCACAUUUCCUGGAAUACAUCCGAUUCAAAGUUAGUACCUUGAUCAGAGUGCAGUUGCAUAGGAACACCAAAUAUGGUUACAAUCCUAUCAACAAAUUUCUGAGCAACUGUGGUCGCCUUUUGGUUUCGCAUGGGAAUUGCCUCCACCCAUUUGGUGAAAUAAUCUGCCACUACUAGGAGAUAUGAAUUCCCUUUAUUGCUUAAUGGUAAUGGUCCUAAUACGUCAAUGGCCCAUCUCUCCAUAGGGAGACCCACAUUGUAUGUAUGUAAUGGUCCCUUUGGCCACUUCCCAGGUGACUUUCGAGCCGCACACUUAUCACAACACUUUACCCAAAGCUUCACAUCUCUAGACAUUUUAUACCAGAAAAACCUUUCUCUUAUUUUAGAAAGUGUUUUCUUAUUACCCAAAUGUCCUCCAGUUAUACUAUUGUGUAAGUGUUUUAAUACAAAGUCUGUAAGACUUUUUGGGAUAACCAUUUGAAAAAUGGAUUGUCUCCCUUGAGCAUUUUCCCAUUUAUGACAUAAUAUGUCAUCUUUGAUUAUCAAUGAGUCAAAUCGCAUCCAAUAAAAUUUGGUGCUUUCCUCUGAUAAAGAAAUAUCUGGCCAUUUAGGUCUUUCUCCACAUUUCACCCAGUUC